AUGCCCUUUGCGUCCCCACUCUCGCCCCCGGGGGAGAGAAAGGUCAAAACAAUGCCUCCUUCGGCCAUCUACGACCCUCCUACACCUCCACUUGCCCCGCACGACUUUCCUGAUCCCCUCUCUCCCACCACACCCAAGCGGCCCCGCCCUCGGAUCCGCUACUCCACCUCUGGCGAGUCUGGCUCAUCGGACGAGCCAAACAGCUCGGACGACGAAGUACCGUGGUGGACAUUCACCAACAAGGGCAUGAUCAAGAUGCGUCAGCGGACUAUACGGCGCAAACAGCCAGAGGAAGAAGCUGGCAAGGAGGGCAAGACUAGGCGGAGAUUUGUGCCGUCGCGCAAGUCCAGCAGGGAUGACUCGGGCAAGGAGUCGAGGCGGGGCUCAAGCCCAGUCAAGCCGCCAGCGGAGGGUAGUCGACCGAGGUCCAACCUCGCUCCGCUCUGGCGCCGCUCAUCUGCUCUCCCCGACGAGGUCCACAGCGACACCGAAAUCCCUCGUCGCCGGGAAUUCACCCGGAGCAACUCUGCCCCCGGCUCGGCCGCACUCGGUCUUACUCCCCACCCCCUCGCCUCCAUGAUUGUCCCCAAGACCACCGCCGAGCCUGUUCCAAUCGCGCUCGAAUCGGAUCCAGUCCUCUCCCGCCACACUGCCAAGCGACAGAUGACCGCCCCGUCCUUUCCGCGGUUUCGCAAGCUGCGGUCGGAUCUCGGGCACGUCUCGGACUCGGAAGCUGUCCCAAAGCCUAGGCGAGUGCAGACCGCGCAUCGCUCGCAGCCGCCUCGUACUGCGGAACCGCUGGACAGCUCGGUGCCGCGUCCGCGCCGGCUCAACAGCCACAUGAUCAAGGCGCAGCUGGAGCGGGGGACGCAGCAUUUUGCGCAAUGGCCGCAUGCCGGAAGUUGGCAGGAUGCAUUGUAUGGGCGGUAUGACGAGCCAAAGGUGGAAGAGGAGAGGGAGAGGGAGCGUUCGGGCGAGACGUUGGUCGCGGAACCACCAGUAUCGCCGCGGGAAUCGAGGCGAAAGGCGCGGCGCUCGAGGCGGUACCGUCAAGCGCUUGUCCCUCCUACACCAAAAGGUCUGGGCUUCAGUCCUCAGGACGAGACCGGGGGCCGGUGGAAAGAGGGCAAGGUGAACCAGACAGAAUUUGACUGGACCUCCCCGGGUACGGCCAACCCCUCUCAGCACAUGCCCCAGCCUACCGGUAGCACCAUUCCCGAAGGCGACGAGCGGUCCCCCACGCGGAUUGAGGAGAAGCCAAAACGGAAAAUCCAAACGGGACGGACAAAGCGGCAAGGCGAAGACUGGAAGGUACGGUGGAAGCGGAUGAUGUUUCUCGAUGCGAGACUGACCAUCUUGCUUCGGGUCAUGGAUAUAGCAGUCGUCGCUACGCUACUAGCGUUAUCCGUGUCCAUCCGUCAAGAGCUCAUCACCCUUCGCCUCCCUGGCCUGAUCGGUCCAUCCACCACCCUCACUAUCGCCUUUGCUUCCUUUACCCUCCUCCACGCCGCCACUGCCAUCUACCGGGAGUACUUUGGCAAGCCUAUCGGUCUCUGGGGUCUUCGCUCCAAGAUGCUGUGGGUCUGCCUUGACCUCUUAUUCGUUGCCCUCUGGUCAUCAGCGCUCUCCCUCGCUGCCAACGACUACAUCUCCACUCCGCUCGAAUGUACCCGAGACGACCCCUGGUGGCUACCGGGCCUACGAUCAUCCUACUCUCAGCUCUUGGCGGAAUUGUCGGGGUCAGGGGACAUGUCGGGAGUGACUGGGGCGGAUCUGAUCAAGGCGACGCUGGGGAUUGUCUUGCCAGAGCAGAUUGUCCAGGCGCCGCUGGCGAGGGAGGUGUGUCGGAGACAAAGCGGGUGUAUCGCGCUGAGCCUGUUUGCACUGUUAUUGUAUGCGGGGAACAUGGUGCUUAGUUUGUUUAGGAUUUUUGAGACGGUCAGGCGGAGUGCGAAUGUGGGGAGGGCGAUCAUGGUGUAG